CGGGCGCUUCACCUACCCUGGACACGUCCACGACUUCGACGCGCAGGGCACCCUCCCCCAUGUCGGCUUUAUUGCUGGUUUACCUACGUUGAAUAAUACUCUCCGAUUUUUUCUCUACUUACGUGAAGCUGGGGAAUUCACAGCAUGGCCUUCCAUGUACCGACCCAUUUACCUCGGAAGAAGGACCUCGAUGUCUCGACCACUGUGCUCUCGAAGAUAUCCGAGACCUCGCCGAAAGCUCUUACACAUAAUCUCUCCUCGACGUGGGUGGCGGAGCUGGAUGUCGCGAUUCGUCAAACGAAGGAUCGAAUACACGAACGCGUGCAAACAGACUUCCCCGCAUUUGAAAAACAGCUCGCAUCGGCGAAGUCGGUACAAGAACGGCUGCACACACUCACGGCGAAUGUUGACGGCCUGCAGAACGCGCUGUCGAAUCCUCAGACAGGGCUCGUGCCCACACUCGUCAACACACUAACACGUCAUGCGGCACUUGCGCAAGAAGCGGCAGAUGCAGAAGCUAUGAGUGAUGCGUUGGAGUAUCUGGCGCGGUGUAAGCUGGAGAUGCAAAAUCUAGCUACGCUUGUAGAAGGGGGGAGAUUACCCGAGGCGGUGAAGAGGUACAGAGAUAUUGAGCACCUGCUCGCGCAGCAUCAACCUUCGCUAAUUGGUGCGGACGUCUACGCCGACCUGCAGCGCAGGUUCCGUGCCAUGAAGGACAAGGCUGAUGAGCAGCUCAACGAGGCAUAUUCACGCAGUGUCAUUGUAAAUGCUUCCGAAAUCGUGAUCCGUCGGUCAGUGCAAGUGAGAGCUUCGGAGACCGUCCUUUCGCUACCAUCCGUUCUGUCGUCACUUUCAUCGACAAACUUGUCUUCGCUCAUGACAACACUUCGGCGGAACAUCUCAGCGCACUAUAUCGACUUCUUGCUCAGUCAAGCCGCGGCUGUCGAGCUGUCCACCGUCCCGUCGCUGUCCGGCGCCGUGGAACACAGACUGUCAAUAUUUCCUGCUCCUCGAGAGCACGAAAACCUCAAGAAUCGCAUCGUCAAUGUCACUACUGUCCUGUCGUUUCUGGACGAACACUUGUUCCCCCACCUGCCUUCUACGGCGGCAUUCCCGAUCUCCCUUAGCAAACCUCUAACACGCGCCCUUCUCGAUAAAUUCCUAAUACCCUCAUUACCCUCCACACUGAAGGAGCUGCCUGUGUUCCUGGACGUGGUGCUGCAUGCUGUUGGGUUUGAAGACGAUUAUAUUCGUGGGAUGCUAGGCGAUGCAACCGGAGGUCAUGAAGUGAAGACAUGGGCAGGUUCCGUCGGUACACAUUACGAGAAGAAGAGGCGUAUUGACAUUCUGGAACGAGCGAGGGCGAUCAUUAUUUGGAACGAAGACGACAGUUCGUCUUUCCGUGCGGAGAUGGCUGUAGUUCGGGAAGAGCAGUCGCAACGGGACACUUCUGUGCCUGAAUUUGUACCAGAGCACAAUAACGUGUCGACCUCGCCACCGCCGCGGCACGCUUCCCCGGAGGAUGUUGCUUGGGGCUUUGGCGACGAGAGCGCUACGGCAGUGGAUGAGGAUGGUUGGGGGUUGGAUGACGACAUGGAUAUCGACCUUGACGCACCAGCAGAGCCGUCGCAGCCUUCGCCCACAGCGCCGGAGACGUCAGAAGCUCAGGACGAUGAAGACGCCGACGGCGCGUGGGGUCUGGACGACGAGAACUCGACCGACUCGUCUGCCUGGGACGACCCCUGGGGCAAUGGUGCAGAGCCUGAAGUUAAGCCGCCGCCGCCAAAAGCACCAAAAGCCGCCACCAAGCUGGAGAAGCUCUCGCAGAAGGGCAAGACGAAGGAAGCGACGCCAGCCAGCCCGCCUCCAGUUCCUGUCUCUGCGCCUUCUCCGAAGGCCACCCCGCUAGCGGCACCGCCGAAGCCCGCAGCCCCCGCGGCGCAGCCGGUCGAGAGGGAGACAUACCUCGUCUCCGGGCGUGUCCGGGAGCUGCUCUGGCUCGUGGACGAGGUGCUCAGCGAGGCGGCCGAGCUCACGGCCUCCGGCGUCCUGCACGCGAACGCGUGCAGCUCGACAGCGCAGGUCGGGGGCAUCACCAGCCAGACGGCACCCAUGGUGCUGGAUCUCUACCGCGGCCUGUACCCCGUUGUCGGCGCGUCAAGGCUGGCUGCGCCAAAGCACGCGAUGGGCUUUUCGAACGACUGUUUUUGGCUUGCUGCCGAGGUCGUGAGGCUUCUCGCUCGGAGUGAUCUGCAUCCGAACACGAGAAGCAAGCUGGAAGAGGCGCAGCGGCGGUCGAAGACGCUUGCGGAUUGUUGGUACGACGAGACUAUCGGUCGGCAAAUCGACUCGAUAAAUAGUACAUUGGACAAAGCGGAAGGCUUCGUCGGUACGAAUCACCAGGCGCGCUUCGACGAGUGUGAAGAGGCGGUGAGCCAGGUGCUGCAGAACGUCCGCAAGUUCGCCCAGCACACGAAGAAUGUCUUAGUAAAGAGCAAGUACUACGAGGCGAUUGGGGCUAUCGUCGACGCGGCGCUGGCACGCAUCCUACAGGACAUCUUGGCCCUUCCCGACAUCACUGAGGUCGAGUCGCACAAGCUGAACGAGCUCUGCCUGAUUUUCAACGCCCUUGAAGGUCUAUUCGUGGAGGACCCGAGCCAGCCUUCUUUCGUAGUGGCCUAUGUGCCCUCCUGGCUCAAAUUCUCGUACCUCUCAGAGCUCAUGGAAGCGUCCAUGUCGGACAUCUCGUACCUGUUCGAGGAGGGCGCGCUCGUCGACUUUGACAUUGGCGAGCUCGUCAGCCUCGUCCGCGCCCUGUUCGCUGACACUCCGCUUCGUGCGAACACAAUCAACAGGCUCAUGCAGGGGCAUCCACCGCCGGUCCGGUCCGAGUCGUAGCCGUUGUUUGUUGUGCUGUCGAUGCUUCCAAUAUAUCGCCGUGGCUUAUUGUGGAUUACCUUAAGGAACGGUGUGUGGUGGGCUGCAAGCCUUCUGGGUGAAGGUGAGUAUGAGAGGUAAGUCCGCACUCGAGGCGAGUACGAGUUCUCGUGGAUUGGGCAGAAGUUAAAGACCCGGUAGUUUGUCCCGUGGGGUGGCCCAUAAACCUCGUACGCUCGCGGCGGUUGCGGUACAAG